AUGGAAUUAUCUCCCGGAGCAGCAGAACUAACAACUUUCUUAGAAGGUAGAAUCACGAACUUCAAAAUGUCUUUGAAAGUGGAUGAGAUGGGUCGAGUCCUAUCUGUAGGAGAUGGAAUUGCCCGAGUUUAUGGAUUGAAGGAGAUUCAAGUUGGGGAAAUGGUGGAAUUUGCCAGUGGUGUCAAAGGAAUAGCCUUAAAUCUUGAGAAUGAUAAUGUAGGGAUUGUUGUCUUUGGUAGUGAUACCGUUAUUAAGGAAGGAGAUCUUGUCAAGUGCACUGGAUCGAUUGUGGAUGUUCCAGUAGGAAAGGCUAUGUUCGGGCGUGUGGUCGACACCUUGGGAGCACCCAUUGAUGGAAGAGAGGCUCUCAGUGAUCACGAGCGAAGACAUGUCGAAGUGAAAGCCCCUGGGAUUAUUGAACGUAAAUCAGUGCACGAGCCUAUGCAAACAGGGUUAAAAGCGGUGGAUAGCCUGGUUUCUAUAGGCCGAGGCCAACAAGAACUGAUAAUUGGGGACCGACAAAUUGGAAAAACUGCUAUAGUUAUCGAUACCAUAUUAAACCAAAAGCAAAUGAACUCCACUCAAUUCAAAUGCUUUGCUUUGAACCUCUAUUUUUUUCUUGUUUGGAUUCUGCCUCCUAUUAUCAUUUUUUUUUUCUAUCGGAGCAGAAGGCAGAGAACAAAUCAGAGGAGGGUGGGCGGUUCUCAUACCCCUCUUUUUCAUACUUUUGAGUAUGAUCCUAUUUUUGAAUAUUAG